AUGGCAGCUACUGCAAAACGCCCCGAGAUCAUCGAGAUAGCACAAGGGCUCAACAAUGUGCCCAUGUGCGAGGAUUACGAGCGGAUGAUAUCCGGCAUGAUGUAUAAUCCCAACACACCCAAGUUGCUUGAGGCACGGCACCGGUGCCGUGGUCUCGCGGCCGACUGUAACAAUCUCGAUACGAAGACUAUAUCAUACGACCAGGUUUUUGACAAACGACUUGAACUGUUGAGAAAAGUGGUUGGAAAGGCUGGGGAUGGUACAUUUAUCGAGCCGCCUUUUAUGCCGGAUUAUGGAUGCAAUGUUUCUAUUGGGAGCAAUUGCUUUAUCAACUGGAACCUCACAAUCCUCGACACCAGUCUUGUCGUAAUCGGCGACAGAGUCCAGAUCGGCACGAAUGUCGGUAUCUUCAGCGCCGGCCAUGACACGAGCAUUCUUUCUCGCCGGAAAUUCGUCGAGUUUGGCCAUCCCGUCUUCAUCGAGGAUGACUGCUGGAUUGGCGGUAAUGUAGUCAUAUUACCUGGAGUGCGGAUUGGAGCUGGCUCUACCAUUGGCGCUGGAUCUAUUGUUACAAAGGAUAUUCCCCCGUUUUCUAUUGCCGUUGGUGCUCCUGCCCGUGUGAAGAGGACGAUUGCGUCGGCGGAAGAGGAGGAGAAUGAUCCCAAUAACGCGUAUCGCAACUUGGUAAGAGAGGAUAGAUGA